GAGCUUUGAGGAUACUGCAGUGCCGGAGUGACCUUUAUUGGAGUAUUUUGACCACCAGUCGCUGUGGCGGCGAUUCCUGCCGCUUUCUCAUGAAUGUGUAUCCCUGUCAUAACCAUAGACAGGGUUGCUAUUACUUUUUUCUAAUCAGGUGGGAACCGACAGCUGGUGAAAAUGGGAGGAAAUGGAAGCACGGCCAGAAAAGUGUCAUUUGGACUGGACGAAGACGAGAAGGUCACAGUAAUUGAAGGAGUGAAGCUCUCAGAGGAAGUGCUCCGGCGGAUGAGGGAAUCUCAGGGGUCUGACAGCGUCAAGCCACCACUGUCUCCACUGGACAGUCACAAGCCACCACCGCGUCCAAAACCAACAGGACCAUCCACUACAGAAAUACAGGAAGAACUGCGCAAAGACUUUGAGCGUCAACAGGCCCUGGUGCAGGAGCAGUUAGCCAGACUGGCCCAGAGGGAGAGAGAGACUGCUGCGACCACAGGCGUGGAUGAGCUGAUGCCCGCUCUCAUCAUUGAGAAAGGGAAGGCCCAUGAAGAGCAAGAAAGGGCUAAGAUGCUGCCAGCAGAUUUGGAUGUCUGGCGAGGCCGUGAGUGUGCCGCCGCCACCAUUCCACACAACAACACUUUGGGAGGUAUUCAGCUAGAAAAUUACACAUCAUCUGUGCUGCUGGCAGAGGCCAAACAACUGGAGAGCAAAGAGAAGGAACUGGCCAGCAUCUCCAGCUUCUAUAAAGAGCAACUAGAAAUACUGGAGAAAAAGAACUUUGACAACUACAAGGAGACGGCUGAACAGUACAACCAGGCAGCUACCAAAGCUGAGGCUCACAUCCGACCCCGGCAGGCUGCGUCUGUGUGCACUGAACUUCAGACCAAAGUGCUCCAGUGCUACAGAGAAAAUCCACAGCAGACCCUGCACUGCUCCAGCCUGGCCAAACAGUACAUGACCUGUGUCCAACAAGCUAAAAAGGUGGGCGAGGGCUAUUUACGAGCUCACUGACGAAUCAUGGCUGAGAAACCCAAAGGAAGCAGGAGCUGAAGAAGCAGAAGGCACAUCAGAUCCAUCCAUUUCUCGCCUCCUGUCCUUCUCCUAUCCAUCCGUCCAUCCAUUUAUUUAGCCACCAUCACUAAAUAACCACCUCCUCUUUCGCACUCACCACCCUUCUUGGUUUUUGAGUGUAUUAUCUUGACUUGUCACUCCAGAGUGUAUGAUGUGUUGAUUUAUUGUCAAGUUGCGCCGGCACACCCCUGCUGCUGCUGAAAUAAAUCCCAGUGAUCUGGUGGUGAUGAGACUG